GCUCAUUGUUGCAGUAGUUCGGCCCGGUGCCGCCUGCGAGGCAGCGCGCGGGGCUCGCGAGCCUCCGAGCACUUCCUGGUCCGCGCACUUCCUGGUUCGCGCUGCUCGCGGUUUUAUUGGCAGGUUGCGACCGUUACCGCGUUUGAAACGAAAACAGAGAGAAAGAAAGACAGAAGAAAACAAAGUGAGAAGAAAAAGAAAGUCUUCCUUUUAGUUUCCCCGCGUGGAGUUUCUAAAAGUGACCUACACCAUGGACAAAGACUCAAUGUUGACUCACAUGCUGCAGUCAGACGCCCCGGCCCCCCUCCUCGGGGGGCAGUCGCCUGUCGCUGUGAUAAACGGCAGCAACCACGUCUCCCCACUGACCUCCGGGGGCCCGGACGGCGAGCGCCUCCCCCUCGACAGCGCCGUCCGCACCGCCCUGUCCGAGGGGACCAGGACCGUGGUGCUGGGGGGGCCCGAAGGCUCCGGCAAAACCACGGCCCUGCAGAAGCUGGUUGUGGGCUGGGCCCGGGGGGAGCUCCUCCAGAACUUCUCCUUCGUUUUCCACUUCCGGCUCGGCCAGUUGGAUUCCCUCGGCGGGACGCUCUCCCUGGAGGCCUUGCUGCUGCGCCACCACGGCCAUCUCCCCCCGGGGUCCCUGGCCCCUCUCCUGCAGGAUCCCGAGGGUGUGUUGUUUGUUUUCGAUGACCUGGAUCAGUGGCGACACAGCCUGGACCCCUCGGUCCUCCCCCCCCUCUGCGCUGACCCCGGAGAGGAGGCCCCCGCGUCGCUCUUGGUGGCCGGCUUGCUCCACGGAUCGCUGCUGAAAGGAGCCUCGUUCCUGGUGGCGACCAGGCCGGCCGAGGGUCAGAAGUUCCCGAGAGACGCCAGAUUGCAGGUUUUGGGGUUUCUGAAGCCGCAGAGAGGAGCCUACGUCAAGGGGUUCUUCUCCGCCGACCCGUCCGCCGCCACCACGGCGAGAAAACACAUGGAAAGGACUCUGGGCUUCUACGAUGUCUGCGCCUCCCCUAGAUUCUGUUGGACCGUUUGCUCCGUUUACAAGUCUCUGAUGGACGCUGGAGCGAAGCUCCCCGAGACGCUGACUCAGCUGUACGUGGACAUCCUGGCGCGACUGAUCCAGUCGCUCCGGCUGAACGAGGCCCGCAGCAGAGCCCUGGUGUCGGCCCUCGGCAAGAUGGCAUCCCACUGCCUCCUACAACCGCAUCAGAGUUGCACCAAAGAGGAAAUGGAUUCUUUCGGUUUUCAUCAGGGUCUCGCCUCUGUCGGCAUCUUCCUGCGAGUGGACGACGGCCGCUCGGACGGACCCGUCUUCUCCUUCCACUCCCGGGCGAUGCUGGAAUUCACCUUGGCCACGUCCUUCCUCCUGGACACCUCGACACCCGUUGGCGUGGAGGAGCUGCUGGAGAAGCACCAAGGCCGCGUGGAGCUCCUGGACGUCUUCCUGUCGGGGCUCUCUGAGCCGGCUCAGCGCCGGCCGCUGGAGGCCGCGUUGGGGGAGCUGGACCCCGGUCGGAUCGCCGACUUCGCCCGCUGGUUCAGGAGCAGCUCGGAGGCGACGCUAAAGGGACGGCGCAAGGACCAGCACCACCGCCGCUUCCACCUGCUCCUUCAAACUCAAAACGAGAGUCUGGUGAAAGAGAUCGCGGGCCCCUUGGCGCGAACCGGCAUCGGCUACGGCGACCCGAGCCUCCGGGACUGCGUCGCCCUGAACUACGUCUUCGGCUGCCUCGGCGAGAUGGAGCUGUUGAAUCUGUACCGGACGAGGGAUCUGACGGAGGAGCAAGCGGAGGCGCUGGCUCCGGCUAUGAGUCUGUGCCGCAAGAUCGAGUUGUCGGACAGCUCCUUGAAUUCUGCCGCUGUCCCCCAUCUGGCCUCGGCUCUCCGCAGAGGACUUACCGAGGAGCUGGACCUCUCUCACGUCCGCCUCGGAGAAGAGGAGUUCAGAAGUCUCUGCGAGGGACUCAGAAACUGCAAGCUGCACGUUAUAAAACUUCUAGCGUGCGAGCUGACCGAGGCGGUCUGUGGAGAUCUGGCCUCCGCCCUGACCUCGGGCACCGCCCAGUUGCGCGAGAUGGACAUGAGGUUCAAUCCCAUCGGAGACCGGGGCUUUGUGAAACUGUGCAAGGCGCUGCAAAGUCCGCUCUGCAGACUCCAGGAGCUCAUGCUACAAAAGUGCGAGCUGACCGCCGUGUCCAUGGAGGCCUUGUCGGCCGCUCUGCGUUCGGGCGGGUCGGAGUUGAGAAGAGUCGACCUGACGCAAAACGUGAUCGGCGAGCGGGGGAUUGAGGCGCUGAGUGAGUCCCUGCAGCACCCGCUCUGCAAACUGCGGGGCCUCGUUCUGUUCGACUGCGAGCUGUCGGCCGCGUGCUGCCCCCGUCUGUCGGAGGCCUUGAUGUCGGACCGCUGCCACCUGACCGAGCUCGACCUGUCGCUCAACGACUUGGGCCAGGAGGGGGCGCUGCUGCUGUGCCACGCCCUCCGCCGCCCUGGAUGUCCAAUAGAAAAGCUCAGCUUGUCCCGCUGCGAGUUGACCGCGCCGGUGUUCAGGGAGCUGAGCUCGGCGAUGAGGGGCGGGACGUCUCGUCUGAAGUCCCUGAUCGUCGGUCUCAAUGCGGUGGGGGACGAGGGGGUUAAGCCCCUCUGGGAGGCCGUGGCGCAUCCCAGCUGUCUGCUGGAGGAACUGGACGUGGAGAUGACGGGCCUGACGGACGAAUGCGUCCGGGACCUGUGCGCCGCCCUGAGGGCCAGCGGGGUCCUCAGGAGCCUGGAGCUGAGGAACAACUCUCUGACGGACGCCUCGGUGCCGGCGCUGGUCCGCGCCGUGCAGGACAGCGACAGCAUGCAGGAGAUGAGCCUGAAGUACAACGACAUCAGCGAGGACGUGUUCGACGUGAUGGACGAGUGCGGCAAAAUAAGAUACUGAGGAGGACGACGUGGUCGCACCCUGCUCGCACGCAGGGGGGAUGAUUUAAUGCACACACAAAAUAAAC